AUGGCUUCUCAAACCUUGCAUGACACAAAGAAAUCUCAAGCUAGGCGAGCAUUACGUUCUCUAGCAAUAGGCAUUGCGGUUCCCUUCACCCUCACGCUAACCAUAAUCAUCCUCUUCGGUUCAGGACGCAAGUACAACCAAAUAAUAUCCAAGCCAUUUUGGUUUGCACCACUUUGGUUCAUUCACUUGUCCAUAUUGGGCUCAUCUUUCUUCAUGGGUCUCGCAGCGUGGCUAGUGUGGGCCAAUGGAGGGUUUCAAGGGGAGACUGAUGCGAUGUCUCUCUACAUAGCCCAUGUUUCUCUAAGCAUUGUGUGGCAUCCCCUUGUGCUCGUUAUGGGUGCUUAUUGGCUUGCUUUGAUUUCUUGUCUUGUGAAUUUUGUGACCCUCUUUUUGUGUUACUUGAGGUUUAGAAAGGUGAACCCUUUUGCUAAAGAUCUAGCCAAACCGUGUUUGGCAUGGGCUGCAUAUCUUUGUCUUGUUAGCUUUAAGCUAAUAUUUAUUUGA